AAAUUAAUUGGCUUGUGUAAACUCAUGGAGGAAAUGCAAGUGUUGAAAAUGUUUUGCGUCUUUUAUGUUUAAUAAUUGUAUUAAAAUUUGUGCGUUAUAUUGAAAUUGACGAUGAGAUGUGUGUAUAGUACAUAUAUGUUCAAUUCAACCUUCACACAGUUUUCGCUAAGACAGGUAUUACAAGCUAUAAGACUAUUAUUUGUAAUUAUAAUAAAGUCAAACUUCUACACAUUUAAAAAGCGCGUGCUGAAGACGUAUGUAUUUGUGUAUUUGUGCGGGAUAUUACAACGAGUUGUUUGUCCUUUGUUAACGUUUAUCUGUCUCGUUCUAUACGUUGCGACUGAGCAAGUUCAUAAUAUACAAGUAAUAUAAUUCUAACCUUUUAUCAACGCAUUAAUCGUUUAUUUUUAUCGGUAGCCAGAAAAUUGUUUGACGAUGAUUCGUUACAUGUUGACGAGUUUGUUUUAAAUCAAUAAUAAUUGUGUAGUGGAAAAGAUGACUGGUGAACACGAUGGUUUAAGGCUGCGUAGAGCCCAAAGUGUUACUCGGGCGGAAGAAAUCCAAGCAGAGGAGCAAAAAGUUAGGAAAUUGCAACCGGAUAAGCCAUGCCACAGACCUAGAGAUUCAUUGUUUUCAUGGACUUCAGGUUUUAAUAAUUUCACAGGUUUCGUAAAUUGGGCGUUUUUGUUACUAUCAAUAGGAGGUGUUCGGUUACUACUUGAAAAUUUUAUAAAAUACGGUAUAAGGGUUGAUCCGAUACAAUGGAUUUAUUUUUUGAGCGGAAAAGAUCAAUCCGAUGGAGAACAUCCAUCAUUGAUUUUAUUGUUGUAUACAAUUGCGCCAGUUUUCUUUUGUUUAAUAACAGAAAAAGCAUUAUCAGUUGGAUUAAUACCUAACAAUCCAGGAAUGGUAGUCCAUGUUGUAAAUUUGUUAGUAUUGGUACUGAUUCCCAUAGUGGCAAUCCAAGUUAAAGAUGGUUUUAGUCUGAUUGGUGCAUCAACGGUCAGCUACGUCUACAGCGUUUUGUUUUUGAAAUUGUGGUCGUAUGUUCAGGUGAACAUGUGGUGUAGGAUAGAUAGGAACUUGAGGUCUAAAACUACGCUAAAAAGGCAAUACGCUUCUUAUGGACAGCUGCCUAAAAGCGAUAGUAAGAGCAGUACAAAUUCUGAUGAUUUGGAAGAUACCGAACAAUGCUUGGUCCAUUAUCCAGACAAUUUAACCUUAAAGGAUCUCGUUUAUUUUAUUCUCGCCCCGACACUCUGCUACGAACUGAAUUUUCCGAGGACUUCGAGAAUUCGGAAGCGUUUUCUUUUAAAACGAAUAUUCGAGGUCCUUAUAGGCGCUCAGUUGAUUAUGGUGGUUAUGCAGCAAUACAUGGUACCUUGUGUUAAGAAUUCUUUGAUUCCUUUCAGCAAUAUGGACGUGACUCUAGCUACAGAGCGUCUUCUGAAGCUUGCCCUUCCAAACCAUUUAUUAUGGUUGUGCGGUUUCUAUUUGUCAUUCCAUUCAUUUCUUAAUUUAAUGGGCGAGUUGCUUCAGUUCGCUGAUCGUAAUUUUUAUUCGGAUUGGUGGAAUGCCAAUAAUAUUGAUACUUUUUGGCGUACAUGGAAUAUGCCGGUACAUCGAUGGGCCCUUCGUCAUCUCUAUUUUCCACUUGUAGAAAUGGGUUAUGGACGAAAUGUGGGCAGCACCACUGUGUUCUUUAUCAGCGCAUUUUUUCACGAAUACAUGGUUAGCGUGCCCCUUCGUACGUUUAAAAUUUGGGCAUUUAUGGGUAUGAUGGGCCAAAUUCCAUUAUCCUACCUGUCAAGAUACGUAGAGAAGAAGUUGGGUGACCGCAUGGGCAAUGUUAUAGUGUGGGCAUCUAUAAUUAUGGGUCAACCGUUAUGUAUAAUGAUGUACUAUCACGAUUACGUAAUUACGCAUUUCAGUGAUGCUUUGGAAGAUUUUAGUCACGUGUAGAAGUGACAGCAAAUUGAGUCUGCACGUUUGAUUACAAACGAGAUUAAAAACUUAAAAUUGAGUUACCUUUUUUUAUAACAUCACAAUUUUUGUGGUCGUGGUGUUGGUCGAUUAGAGUGAUGGUUUGGGUACGUGCAUUUGUUUUUGAAUUGGUGCCGAUAAGGUCAUUUAAAAGUUGUUCACGUUUGAUUUACCUACUUAUAAUUUUAAAAUUAGUUCUAUAAAUAUUGUAGCUACAACGAUUUUGUGAUUUGUAAAUAUGCAUUUAAAAUUGCAAUUAACAUUUAUUAAGUCUGCAAUUAUAUUUUAUAUUAACGUUAUACAACUUAGUUAUUGAUUGUUUAUUAAGAAAUGUUAUUGCCAAAUUGUUUAUAACCUUUAUUAAAAUUAAAGUAUAUGCCUCAUUUCUG